AAGACCUCAGAGGUAGUGCUGUUUGGUGGCGCUCCGAUGGGAAUAAGUCCGGAAUAAAUCAGUAACGAGCUCCACAAACAGCAUCUAAUCCUCCGUUAAGAGUAACCGCAUUGAUCAGGAGAAAAUGGAACAGGAAUUUGAAGACAUCGACUCUUCUGGGAGAUGGCAUAACCUUUAUAAUGAAAUCCGCAACCAAGCUUGUGAAUAUCCAUACAAAGUGGCAAAGCUUCCAGUCAACCGGAAUUUGAACCGUUACAGAGACGUCAGCCCGUAUGACCACAGUCGGAUAAAACUGGAAAAUUCUGACAACGACUACAUCAAUGCGAGUCUGGUUCGGGUGGAAGAAGCCCAGCGAGCUUACAUUCUGUCUCAGGGGCCUUUGAGGAACACGUGUGGUCACUUUUGGCUGAUGAUCUGGGAGCAAGGAUCUAAAGCUGUAAUAAUGCUCAACAGAGUGAUUGAAAAAGGAUCUGAAAAAUGUGCACACUACUGGCCAACCGCAGAGGAGCAGCAGAUGAGUUUCACAGAUAUGGGGUUUGUUGUGAGGCUGCUGUCAGAGGAGGAUCAGUCGUACUACACAAUCAGAGUGCUGGAACUACAGAACACAAAGACAGGAGAGAUGAGGGAGAUCUACCAGUUUCACUACACCACGUGGCCUGACUUUGGCGUCCCAGAAUCUCCAGCCUCCUUCCUCAAGUUUCUCUUCAAGGUUCGGGAGUCUGGCUCUUUAGAGCCUGAACACGGACCAUCGGUGGUGCACUGCAGCGCUGGGAUUGGCCGCUCAGGAACCUUCGCCUUGGUGGAUACCUGCCUGGUUUUGAUGAAAAGACGAACGGACCCUUCAUCCGUGGACAUCCAGAAAGUGCUACUGGACAUGAGGGAAUGCCGCAUGGGUCUGAUCCAGACCCCAGAUCAGCUGCGCUUCUCCUACAUGGCAGUCAUUGAGGGAGCCAAGAUCAUCAUGCCAGACAACUCUGUGCAGCAGAAUGAGCAGACUGUGAUGUGCAGAGGUCUUUUGGAGCCACGUGCACCUCUUCCACCAUCUAGACCUCACCUCAAAGACUGCAGACCCAAUGGCCAGCCAGAUCCCUUCCUGGAGCCACAGGACCACUCAGGAGACGAGAAGCCAGCAGAGGAGUCAACCAGCCAACACCAAAGUGUGGCCGAGAACUCUGAGCGCCUCCGAAAGCGGCAUCGUGAGGAGCGGAUCGCCAGCACAGCGCAGAAGGUGCAGCAGAUGAAACAGAGACUGGGCGACUCGGAGCGGAAAAGAGCAAAGUGGCUUUACUGGAGGCCUGUCCUCCUCAAAGCUGGCACCACGGCGGCUUUGACCGCUGGCCUGCUGGCGUACUGGAUGUACUCUAAGUGAAGCACUCUCUCUCACUUCAAACUGACUUCUUAUUUUUGCACCAGUACUGUGGCAUAGGUGGAACUUUAAGUAUUUGCGGACCUGAAAUGACCAUCUAAAUCCACUUAAAAGUUCUGAUCCCCCGCCACCAAGCGGAGAGGGGAGACAUUGGAAGACGUUCAGAACGUCUGGAACCUAUAGGCCAAGCUGCUGUGUAAACUUCAAAACAAAAUUAGAUUAAAUUCACCCGUUUUCUUGAAUGAUUUGAAGUUUGUAUGCAUUUUUGAGCAUUAGGGUCAGUGUUUCCAUGGCAGCUGUACUCAACAUGACAACAACAAAAAAUCAGGGGUAAAGUCCAGCACUCAGGUUAACGUUAACAGGGUAUCACAGGACUUGCAGGGAUAAAACAACGUUGCGUAAGUGAAAGGCUGCACAAUGCUUCACUUCUACGAAAGCUGUCCUGUGGCGGGGGAUGUUAGCUGCAGCCUUGCCUUCUUACUUUAGCUGUCAAUUACAGUAUGCUGGAGUUGAACAGCUGAUAAUGCAAGCAGAUUGGGGACUUUAAACUUCAGUUAGUGGGUAUCUCCAGCCAAGUCAGGAAUGGGACAACAUUUUAUUUUGAGCAAACUACAAAAAAGAAGUGUUAAUUCCCACAUUGUUGAUUGUGUUCAGAAGAAAUUUGAAGAUCGGUGCUUUCAAUCCCGAUAUGCUGUUUUAGAUGGCUAAAAUAAAAAGCUGUUGUACAAAUAUUUAUGGCCACAGUUGCAUAGCAGAGGAUAUUUAUUCCUUGAGGUCCAAAUGAGUGAGAGAGCAAUAGAUCAAAUGCGUGUGUAUAUAGUUUUCAUGUAAAAUGGCAGCAUCUCAGGAUUUUGGUGCUAGCACGAUGAGAUAUAUAGAUUUUUUUUUUUUUCUUCCUCUUAUCACUGUUGAUGAAUGUUCUGUCAUAGCAAAUAGUUUUGGGGAAAAUCUUGAGGUGCAGUACAAAGAAAAGUAAUAUUUCAGUGUUUUUGUUUUCGUAAGUGUCAGAUGCAUUUCGGUUGUCUGCUGUCACGUUUCAUGUGUUGCAUUUUAAAUGACUUAGUUGGGUUUUCCAUCCGACCACAGGCUCCUGAACCUCGAGGUCAGCUGCAAGACCCUUUUUCUUUUGCAUUCUUGCGUGUGUGUGGAAGGUUUCUAGAUUCCCACUUGUUCUACCGUUCAUAUUCAGCAGGACAAACCAGCAUGGCCAGAUAUUGUUUGACCCCCCCCCCCCCCCGAUCUGCCACCUCCUCAUAUCUGCAAGAUUUUGACGCUUUUAUUUUGUGAUAUGUGAGCGUGUUAUUUCAUCUGUGGUUCUUGGGCUCCCUGAUCAUGUAGUGUGUGUAAUCACCCACUGGAUGGGUUUGUGUACAAAUGUGAUUUUUUUUUUCUUUUUUUUUUUUAAGAAGAAACCAAAGCAAAGCUGUCUGUUUUAGGAAGCGAUGCACUUCAGAAAACUAUUUAUCGAUGAAAACUUGCAUCAAGUGGAAUGUAUUUUGUGAUGGAUCUUUGGAAAAACUGACAUUGUCAUUACAAAGCAGCUGUUACAGUGAAGACAUUCUAUUGUACGACUUUAAUUUGAACCACAGUGUGCUAAAUUGAUUUCAUUUCACAGGGACCACUCUAAAGCUAUAAUGGUGCAGUUUAGACUUUCAGGACUACACUGGCCUUUCUUGUGUUUUUAGGCCAUUUUAGAAGUGGUAUGUAUGAUUAUGUUGAUAGCUAGCUCCUCCCAAAAGUUGAAGUUGUGAAGCUAUAAACACUUUCUGACCUU